AUGGUGUUGUUGAUGCUGAAUGACAGGCUGACGCUUGGAGACAGAUUUAAAGGAACUGUUCGGUAUCUUGGAGGAAUAAGAACGAAGGAAGGAAAGUGGGUGGGCCUAGAGCUUGAUGAGCCCGUGGGAGCCAAUGAUGGAAGUGUGAAUGGGGUGAGGUACUUUGAUUGCAAGAAUAAGCAUGGGAUAUUUGUAAGAUAUGAGAGGAUUAGGGAAGGGCUUGUAUGUGAAGAGAGAGGAAGAGCAGUAGAUGGAUCAGAAAUGUGUGAUACAAAGAUUGGAGAUUAUGAGCUAAAGAUAUCUGAGUUAGAAAAAACUAUAGAGCAGCUUAAGAAUACUGAAAGGCGCGAAAUAGCUGAGCUUAGAAGGGAGCUAGCAUGUUUAGAGGGGCAAAGAUUGCAGAAGAAUGCAUGUUAUGGUGUUGAGGAGCCAAGAGAUAUAAAUGCAGCAGGAUUGCAUACGAGUCAUAAGAAGGAUGAGAAUGAAAGAAGAAGGGUCGUGUAUCUUGUAAACCGAAUUAUGCAUGGAGUAUUGGAUGAAGAGGUAGAUGGGAUGGAAUGCUUGUACAAAGAGUUUGAGUGUAUUAUGAAGAAGAAUGGAAUUUUAAUGGAUUGA